AUGGACCUUCGCCAAGCAUGUGAUCGAUGCCAUGACAAGAAGCUCAGAUGCCCAAGACCGCCGGGCUCUCUGUGCUGUAGCCGCUGCACCAAGGCCAACGUCACCUGCGUCUUCAGUCCGCCAACGAGACCAUUCCGAUAUCCCCUAGGCCAGAAUCAUAAUAACAAUGGCUUUGACUGGCCCGAUCUCAUCGUCUUAGAUCAACAGCAACAGGAUCAUCAGACGCCAAGUCAAGCGUUUGAGACGCCAGCCCUGACCGUUUCGGAGCGACUUGCUGGAGUUCUAUCUGCCCUGGAUCGCAUGUUGCAAGCUAUGCCGUCAUCCCUGGACAUGCAUCACGUUCCGAGGCAGCACCUAAGAGAAUACGCUGACAACGUUGGGGACAACUUUGACUUGCAGUCAACUUUGGAUGGCCUCCUUCACCACGCCCAGGAUCUCGCCUCUAUGUACCCCGAGGCCGCGUCCGCCGCCAUCAACAAACGCACAACGGCUCCUGAAUCGGAUGCCAUCUGCGCUGUUCCGGAUUGCAUACAUCAAGAUCGUACGUCCUUGCAUACAACGCCCUUGCCCAAGGUAGACAACGCGCUGUUAAAUCUUGUCAUGGCGUGCCACAUCCGUCUUCUCGACAUUAUGGAUACUCUUGCAGAGCAUGGCCGAAUGUGCGCCUUUAUGGUCGCAACCCUUCCGCCAGACUAUGACCCCAAGUUUGCAGUUCCAGAAAUCCGCGUUGGGUCCUUUGUUGCCCCUACUAAUACUGCCGCUUCAAUGCUACUCUCUGUGCUUGUGGACCUUCAAACUAUACUGGUGGACAGGAUCAAGGAUGUGGCCACCAUCAUUAACCAGGUAAAAGAUGACCCACGAGCAGCCAGAGAGGCGAGAGUGAUUAGCCUUCAAUGCGAGAUUCUUCAAGAACGCGCAGAGUCUACGUUGGGAGAGUUAUCCAACUUUAGGGAUGGGUUGGUGAGUGCGAGGCUGCUAAGAUGA